GGCAAGCUGAUACAAAGGAUAAUUAAAUGUUUUUACACUGCCCAAACUUGGAGUUGGGGUAUGUCCUCUCAACUGCAUGUAUUUUGGUGUUGUUCCUCGUCACAAACUUUUCACUGGCGGAUGAUGGAAUCCUGGACGAGAUGCCUAAAAAGGAAAGGAUUAAGAUGUUGAAGAAAUGGAAAAUAAUUCCCGAGUGUAUUUUCAUUAAACCACGUCACGAGGCUCUGGUAAAGCACGAGGGUGAUAUUCCCAUCAAAUUUGGUACAGAAGUGAAACCUGCAGCAGACAUGGCAUGGCUCACUCAGAAUAUGCGUUGGAACAACACACCAGAAGACUUAAAAGUUUACUACUCUGCGAUGCUAGUAGGUCUAGAUGAGCCCUCAGUUCAGACUCCAAACCACCGUGAAUAUUUAUACUGGCUGGUGACAAACAUUCCAGGAAACAGAAUUGCGGAAAGUCAUAUUAUUGCUGAAUAUCAACGUCCCAAUCCAGACGCAAAUACAGGUUU